CCUCCCAAAUCGGGGUUUUUCCUCGGGUUCUCAGUUCCAUCCAGAUCCUCCUCUCUCAACACUAACCCUACCGGAUCAUCCAAUCGGACUCUGCCAUACACCAACACCCACAACCUUUCUUUACCCGCUGCAAAAAGGUUUCUUUAUAUCAAGUUUAUGUGAUGGAAAUACAAAAUGACACUCCUGCUAAGAAACCAAAGAGGUUGACUUCUGUUGUAUGGAAUCACUUCGAGAGGGUCAGAAAGGCGGACGCUUGUUAUGCCGUGUGUGUACAUUGUCAAAAGAAGCUUAGCGGAUCAAGCAAUAGCGGAACUACUCAUUUGAGAAACCAUUUGAUGCGGUGUUUAAAGCGAUCCAAUUUUGAUGUUUCACAAAUACUUGCAGCGAAAAGAAAGCGAAAAGAAGACGUUGUUAGUAUUGCAAAUGUCAACUACGAUGAAAUGCAAAGAAAAGAUGAAACGAUCGUGCCCAUUUCCUACAAAUUUGACCAAGAACCGAAGAUGGAAGACGCCAUUAACCUUGGAAGCAUUAGAUUUGAUCAAGAUCGGAGCCGGCUGGAUUUGGCCCGCAUGAUCAUGCUACAUGAUUAUCCGCCGUCUAUGGUGGAACACGUUGGAUUCAAGAUUUUCGUCAAGAAUCUUCAGCCGAUGUUUGAAGUUAUGACCACUAGUGUGAUUGAGUCCGAUUGCUUAACUAUCUAUGCGAAAGAAAGACAGAAGGUGUUUGAAUUGGUUCGUACUCUAAAUGGAAGAAUUAGUCUUGCUGUUGGUACGUGGUCGUCACCGGAGAACGUCGAGUAUUUGUGUUUGACGGCAAAUUAUAUCGACGAGCAUUGGAAGUUGCAGAAGAAGCUGUUGAAUUUCUUGACGUUGGAUUCUUCUCAAACAGAAGACGCCCUAUCUGAGCUAGUCAUAAAGUGUUUGAUGGAUUGGGAUGUUGAUCGUAAGUUGUUCUCGAUGACGCUUGACGAUUGCUUCACGUAUGACGAUAUAGCCUCGAGAACGAAAGAAUGGGUCUUGCAGAACCGACAUCUUUUAAAGAAUGGCGAUCUGUAUGACAUGAGAUGCGCUUCACAUCUUGUGAAAUCCCUUCUUCAAGAUGCCAUGGAAGCACUUAAAGGCGUGACGGAAAAGAUUCGAGAAAGCAUUCGGCAUGCUAAAAGUUCGCUAACAACACAAGGGAAACUUGACGAGUUUGCUCAACAGGUCGGGAUUAACACCGAGAAGCGGUUAUUUGUCGACAAUCCGUUGAGAUGGAACUCGACGUAUCUUAUGCUUGAAGCCGCGUUAGGAUACCGGGGUGCUUUCUAUUUACUUCAAGAACAUGAUUCAACCUACACAACGGUUUUAUCCGAAGAAGAAUGGCAGUGGGCAAGCUCCGUUACCUCGUAUAUGAAACUUCUCGUCGAGGUUACAAACGUGUUUUCACAAAGCAAAUAUCCGACCGCAAACAUAUAUUUCCCAGAGAUAUGCGAUGUUCACAUCCAGUUGAUCGAUUACUGCAAGAGCCCAGACGAUUUCGUUAGUUCUCUUGCCGUAAAGAUGAAGAGCAAAUUCGACAAAUAUUGGAACAAGUGCGGUUUAGCUUUGGCGAUAGCUGCGAUCUUGGAUCCCCGAUUCAAGAUGAAGCUGGUAGAGUAUUACUAUAAACAGAUAUAUGAUGCCGAAGCUCCGGAACGCAUACGUGAAGUUUCCGAUGGUAUCAGGGAGCUUUUUGACGAGUACUCUAUCGAGCCAACUUCGCUUGAUGAUGAUGAAUCGGCUGAAGCUGGCAGUGGCUCACUUGGAACCAGUAAUGUAACCAGGGACCGGUUACGAGGAUUCGACAAGUUUCUUCACGAAACUUCGCACCACCAAAGCGGGAUUUCGGAUCUCGACAAGUAUUUGGAGGAACCCGUGUUUCCAAGAAACUACGAUUUCAAUAUCUUAAAUUGGUGGAAAGUUCAUACGCCGAGAUACCCGAUCUUGUCCACGAUGGCACGCGAUAUUUUGGGCGUUCCUGUGUCUACGCUUUCAUCGGAGCUGGCAUUCAGCACAGGCGGUAGAUUGCUCGAUAACCAUUUGAGAUCGGUUGAUCCCGACAUCCGACAAGCUUUGAUUUGUGGCCAAGAUUGGUUGCGAAUGGAACCCGAAGAUACGAGUAGCUCGAGCCUCUCCGUUGUACCCCUUGCCAUUGAAUUGACGUAGUUUUGAAUCGGGUUGAUCAAACACAGCAGGAUUUCAAUGGAGAAUUACUGUAGCAGUAAAAUGGUAAUUAGGGCUUUGCAUUUAUCAUCAACCCUU